CCGUCCUCUCUCUUUCCUCCCUCUCGCCACCAUCCUCCCCUCUUCAAUGGCAACCUCCUCCUCCUGCGAUAUCAAGUGCUAGAUUGUGAAGAGGAUUAGGAAUUCAAAUCGAAGAGAGAUGGAGAAGCAGCAAUCGAUGGCGAAGCAGCCGCCAUCGCCCUCGCUUUCCCUGCAGGAGUGGGAGACCCUCCUCGACGACUUCGGUUCCGGCUCCCCCGCCCGCUGCGACCGGUGGCUGCCCCUCCCCCUCCUCGACCUUGCACUCAACGCUUUCCUCCGCCGCGACUUCGCCUCCCACCUCAAACCCCUCCUCCUCCUCUUCAUCGACGACCUCCUCUCCUCACCUACCUCUGCCCCACCCCCCUCCGACUCCCUUCCCCCUCUAAUCGACGCCCUCCGAUCCCUCCUCCUAUCCUCGUCCCCCUCCGCUUCCGACCCUUCUCCCGCUCCCGCCGCCGCCCUCCUCCGCGACCAGUUUAUGGCUACCGCCGUCUCCGCUGCAGUCUCCUCCCUCGACGCCCCACUCGACGCUUCCUCCGCCGCUCUCCUCGAGCCCCUCGUGGAAGCCCUCCUCACAGUCACCAACCGCCCGAAUCACGGUCCGGACCGCCAGUCCCGCGCCGCUGCCUGCGAGUGCCUCCGCGAGCUCGAGUCUGCCUUCCCUUGCCUCCUUGCCGACGCCGCCGGCCACCUCUGGGCCCUCGCCCAGGCCGAGCGCACCCACGUCGCACAAAGCUACCUUCUUCUCCUCGCCACUGUCGUCCGUGACAUUGUCCUCCGCCCUGGUCUUCUCUCCUCCCCAACCUCCAUCCUCUCCACCUCCGUCCCCCUCGUGCCCUUUAGUGCCCCUAGCUGUUUCUUGUCUCACCAUUCUGCCGAUCGUGACCGCGAGCCCUCGGAGGUGAACCUGAGGGAGAUCAAGCGGGUUCUGGGGUUCCUCUGGGAGCGGCCGCAGGCCCUGACACCGGCCGCCACCAUGGAGCUGGUCUCGAUCUUGACCAGCAUCGCUGGCGCGCUGGAGCAGCACGUGCCGACGGGCGGGGCGCUCCUGAAGGUGCAGUUCUCUGGCCUGAUUUACUCGUAUCACCCAAUCCUCUGCCAUAUCGUUCUCAUGCUCUAUUCCGGCUUCCCAGAUGCCUUUGCUGGCGAGGACGAGCGCAACAUCGCUCGCCGCCUCGCCCUUAUGGCCAGAGAAGCCCACCAGCCCCUCGUGUUUCGUCUUCUCGCGCUCCACUGGCUGCUGGGCUCGCCUAGGCUUGGCAAGGGAAAGGACUCGCUUGCUCCCUUGGCGCCCAGAUUUUACCCUGGGGUUUUUGAUCCUCUGGCUUUGAAAGCCAAGAAGCUUGAUGCUUUAGCGUGCAUUGCAGCGAGUUUGGAUACUUUGGAAAUGAGAAGAAAGGGGGAGGAGGAUGGUCGAAGGGCCUUGAUAGUGAAGCUCUUUCAGGAUGGGUUGGUUUGCAUCUCUGCUUACAAGUGGCUACCGCCGUGGAGCACAGAGACCUCGGUUGCCUUUCGGACGCUUCACAAGUUCUUGGUUGGAGUCAUCCCACAUCGUGAUGAUUGCUCAGAGGAACCUCAGCUUGUUUUUCUCAUGGAUUCCACCAUAUUCAGCACCCUUCAGAGUAUGUUGGUAAAUUUGGCAUUGGAGCACCACGGUUUGGUUCUGGUCAUUGGCAUUUUUAUCGACCAACUGUUGAAAUGCAAGGGUCACCGGUCCGUAGGGGAGCGACUGCUCCAGAAACUUGAUGAGCAUUUGCUUCCGAAACUUGAGAUGGGAUACCGGUUGACUUCUUAUUUUCCCAUUUUUGAGAGGAUUGCUGAGAAUGAUACCAUUCCACCCCAUGGUUUGUUAGAGUUACUUAUGAGGCAUAUUGUUUCUAUAUCAGUGAAACAUGGACCAAACUCAGGGUUGAGUUUAUGGUCUCAGGGGACUAAAGUGUUGGGUAUCUGCAGGAUGAUGCUUAAGCAUCACCACAGCUCAAGGAUUUUCCUUCCUUUGUCACGCCUUCUAGCAUUUAUUUGCCAAUGCUACCCAGACUUGGAAGUUCGUGACAAUGCAAGGAUCUAUCUGCGGAUGCUUGUCUGCAUUCCUGGGAAGAAGCUAAGGCAGGUGCUGAAUCUUGGUGAAGAGCCUUCAGGAGUCUCACCAUCUCCUCACCCAGGCUCACUUUUCCAAGUUCCAUCACCUCGCCACUCGGAAAACAUCAAAAAGUCAGGCGGUGUCUCUUCUUAUAUUCAUCUUGAAAGGGUUGUUCCACUUAUUGUGAAACAGUCAUGGUCAUUAGUUAUACCGAAAUCAAACAUGGAAGAUAACACGGAAGCAAGUAAUGUUGUAGGUAUAAGUGAUAUCAGCAUUUCUCCUUCUGCAGAAUCAGACAAGGAUGGUGAAAUGAACUUUGAACAAAUAAGUUAUAUUAAGGAACCACUGAGAGUGAUGGAUGCAAAUGUGGCAGAAAUUCUGGGAGUCCUCCGGAAGCAUUUUUCAUGUAUUCCUGACUACCGACACACGUCUGCAAUUAAGAUUAGAAUACCCUGUAUACUAAGGUUUGAGUCUGAACCAUUUAGCCAUGUCUGGGGAGAUGGUUCAUCUACUUUUGAUUCAGAAGAGGGGGAGACGUUGCCUGCUAUGUAUGCAACUACUAUCACAUUUUCAUCAACAGCUAAGUAUGGCAAAAUUCCACCAUGUCGGGUACCUUUUCUUCUCGGUGAACCUUUGAGAAACAGAUAUGAUAUCAUACCUGCGGGCAACAGCUUUGAGGAGGGCUCAAGUCAUCGUGCUUCAGUAAAUAUAGAAUUGGAACCUCGUGAGCCAAUGCCAGGUCUUAUUGAUGUUACUAUCAAGGCAAAUGCAGAGAAUGGGGAAGUUAUUUCCGGAAGGCUACAGAGCGUUGCAAUUGGCAUUGAAGAUAUGUUUCUUAAGGCUAGUAUACCACCUGAUAUUGAAGAGGAUGAGGUGCCUGGAUACUAUUAUGAUCUGUUUCAUGCACUAUGGGAGGCUUGUGGUAAUUCUGCAAGCACAGGACGUGAGACGUUCCCUCUUAGUGGAGGUAAAGGUGCUGCAGCAAUUCAUGGCACACGAUCUGUGAAACUUCUGGAAGUAUUUCUGGAUUCUUUGAUCAAGAAUGUUGAGAAGCACCUGGCUUCAUAUGUUGUGAGUGUCACUGGCGAUCCACUGGUGAAUAUCGUAAGGAACAAUGGAAUUAUUAGAGAUGUUGUGUGGGAAAAUGAUGCUGAAGCUUUUGUUGCCCAUGAUGUUAAUGCGCUGGUGCCAUAUUCUGAAAAUGUACCUCUUCAGCUCCCAUAUUUUGAUGAACAGGGUGAUGCAGAGAAUCUUUCACCUGUCAGUAAGAGGACAAUUGGUACCUUUAUUAUUUUGAUAUUCCUACCACCCAGAUUCCAUCUCCUUUUCCAGAUGGAAGUAGGACAUUCAUCAACGUUGGUACGAAUAAGAACUGAUCAUUGGCCAUGUCUUGCAUAUAUUGAUGAGUACUUGGAGUCAUUGUUUUACACAUAGAAGGAAACAAACACAAGGACAUAUUCUGGAGUGCUACAACGAUUCUAUCUUGGCAAGCUUUGUCCUCUUAAAGGUCUGGUUAGAUCCUGUGCCUAACUUGCUUAUUUGCAUGUGCGUUAUUGUUAAAUAAUUGCUCAGGCCCUAUAAGCUUAAUAAAGUUUGUAAAUUCUUUUAAAAGGCUAUGGAUUUACAUAAUUUUACUUUGUCUAUUGAAAUUAGAAAAGAAUUCCCCUAUACUAUUUUUAAUAUGCUUUUCAUUGAUUUUUCUGACUCCAUUAUGGUUACAAAGGGCUUAUAAAUCUUCUUUAUGACAUACACCAAUGGCAAGCCAAACCAUCCCUGGUAGCGCAUAUUACUUAUCAUUAUGGUUUUACAGAAUUUAUUGUGAUCAAUCAGAAAUGGACUUCGAAUGCAGGCAUUAUAGUUUACUUCUGUUGCAUCUUUAGGUGCUAGUAUUGAGAAAUUAAAUUUAUCUUUAAUAGGAAUAAGGCAUGAAAUGUUCCUCUCCAAUUAACAAGAGUUUGUGAUAGAGUUAUCUUCAUUUUUUUUACCAAAAGCAAAAAAGGAUUCAUAUUAAGUUAUUAACCCAAAAACAGUGCUAUUACAACUAUAACUAUGAACAAAAUGACAUGGAACUCAAGAUGCCAAUGGCCAGACCAUACAACACCAGAAUUUCGUAGACAUGGCAAACUUCACAAGCCAAUGUGCACUAUGAUUCUUCCCUAACAUAUACAAAACUUUCCAAGCCCGAAAUAGUUUCUGUAACUCUUUCACAAUUUUGACAGUUUGAAAUACACCAUGGUGGUGUUUCCUCUCCAUUAAGUGCUUUCAUGAUUUGCAAUGCAUCAGUUUCAACAAUGAUGCACUCAAUGUUGUUAAGUAGUGCAGCUUCCAGCCCUUUCUUAAUUGCUAGCAUCUUGUUAAUCCAACUAUUGCCUUGCUCCACAAAUAGAAAACCUGCACAAAGACACAUGACAUUAGAGUUUCUAAUCAGAAGAUCAGCUCCACCAUCUAAACUUUGAGGAUUAAAAGCUCCAUCUAUGUUUAGCUUAAACCACCCAAUAUCAGGUCUACACCACUGCACCACAAUUUGAUAUUUUGAUGUGCCUCGCUCCUAUGUCCUUUGGACAUUAUGUCCAAUUUUCUGUUCAUUAUAUAUGAAACGGACCCAUACACAACUGUAGAGUGGCCUGUCCUUAUGUUAUUAAAUAGAACAUCAUUCCUGGCCUUCCAAAUCAGCCAAAGGCAAUGGGCAAUCAAGGAUCUGACUAAACUAGGAUGAUCAGGUAAGCCACUCCUCUCCUUGAGCUAAGCACCUCUUUCCACUCCCCAAAAUGAGAUAAUUCAGAACCCAACUUAUUACUAAGCAUUGUCCACAUCCUUCCACCAAAUGGACAUUCAAAGAAAACAUGAUUUUGAUCAUCCCAACCCUCAUUACAAACAUAACACACAUGAUCAUGAUUGGCAAAUACCCAACGAAGACAUCCUAACUGAAGUAGAUAGCUUGUGAUGUAAAAGUUUUCAACAAAAUAAAAGAGCCUUAGAGAUAAUAGGAAGUUUCCUCUAAGGUAUACAGUUUCGAAUGAUAUCGUUCGGUACGGGCGGUACAUACCAGUCCGAGAGUAAACCGGUACGUGGAUCACUCGCUACCAGACGAUAUUUUUUUAUUUAUAAAAAAAAAAAAAAAAAAAAAAAAAAUAUAUAUAUAUAUAUAUAUAUAAAGGCGACGUCGCCUUGUUUUUCUGUGACGUCGUUGUGGGAGAAGAGAGGCGACGUCACACAUUUUUUUAAAUUAUAUAUAUAUAUAUAAUAUAAAUAUAUAAAUAAAAGAUUAUAUAUAUAUAUACUGAAUGGUAUAUCGUUCAGUAUACAAUACUGUACCGUACCGAGAGAAGGUCGAAACUCCGGUACAGUACGAUAUUUCAAUCCUUGGUUUUCACAAUUCACUCCAACAUCCUUCAACCUUCCCACUAGAUUGAUCCAAGUCUUUGAUGUACCUAUAAGCUAGUUUGGCUGAUGGUUGCCCCUUUAGGUCAGUUCUCCAAAUCCAUUUGUCAUUCUCAGGAGGAGCCAUAUCAAUGUGGGAGAGAAGCCUGCAAAUAUUACCAUCAAAGCAUUGAUCAAAUAACAAAUCGUUCCAUUUAUUAUCAAGCAGAAGGUUAGAAACAUGCCAAUGUCCAUCAAUAAUAGAAAUAUUAACAAAAUAUCGGUUUAAUGGCCAAUGGAAUGUUAAAGAUCCAAUUGUAAUGCAAAACAUUUAGUUGAUCACCAUUUCCAAUAAUUGGAUGAAAUAUAGCUUUUAACACAGACAUAUACUUAUUAAAAGGCUUCCAGCACCACCAGGUGGACUCCGGAGUAGGUUGACUGUUCCAAGGAGAUCCCCAACCAUACUUUUGACUUGGAUAGAGUUAUCUUCAUGACUUACCCUUCCAGUCAUUUAGUUCUUGGUCUCAUGUAUCACUGCUGUUCUACUUGUCAGAAGAAGGUAAUCUUUGUUGCUUCAAACUCCUCCAAUUGAGUUCUUGGUCUUAUGUCUCACCACUCUUGUUGUCAGAAGAAGGUAAGUUUUGAUGCUUUAAACUUCUCCACACUUUGUCAAGGGCAUCACUUGGUUAUAUCUUGUUUCCUCUUGUUUUGACAUGGAUGGUUUCUUCUCCAAGAAGAAUUAUUAAUCACACAAUUAUGAGGAUUCUGUUUAAAAUGUCACUGAUCUAGUGAUAUAAAACUAGAUAGAUAAGAACAGGUGCUGGGAGUGUACCUGUUUCACAACCAUCCUCCCAUGUUUUUUCAUCGACGAGUGUGGGUUUGAUCUUCCGUUAGUCCUAGCAGAAGUCGGUGAAUUCAUGUGGCACAUUUACUAGGGAGGUGACUCCAUUUCGGUUGGUUAUAGUAAUUUUUAAGCUCAGGACGUGUUGCUCUUCCUUGUUCUAUGUUUACGUAGUUCCUAGUAUUUAAGAUGUAACUUUGCUUUUUGGCAGAACUUUAUUCAUCAGCUUGACUGAACGAACACCCGUUUUAAAUCCUACGCCCAAGUAGAGCUGCUGGAGGCAUCAAGUGAAUUUGGGAGUGAGACUUGAUUCUCCAAAGCAAGAAUCUGGAUGGAGUAUACCACUUGUAGUUGAGAAAGGUGAGAGGAACUAAACUUGGAUCUUUUGAUUGUAAAUAAUGUUAUUUAUUCAUUUGGAGGAUGUACUUGUUCAGUGUUAUUUCCUUUGGAAUGAGUCAUAACUUGAUCUUGUUUCGUUUAUUCCUCAUAUUAUAUUUAGGUUUUUGGUCUUUGCAAUA